AUUAAUAUAAGGACAAUCUCUGUCUAAUAAUCAGUCUCUAUACUAUACGAGCUGGAACUAAAAUUAGGAACAACUGGGCGACAGAAGUCAAGUUGACCAGCUAUGUGUUAUCACUGGCUUGUGUAAACGACAACAAUCAUAGUGGAGUGGAAACAGGCUGAAGAAAAAUGGCAGCAAUGUUAGAAUUUUACGUAAACGGUCGAAAGAUUACUGAAAGUAAACCUGAUCCAGAAUUAACAUUAUUAGAAUAUCUACGUGAUACACUACGUUUAACUGGUACCAAGCUAGGAUGCGGAGAAGGUGGUUGCGGUGCUUGUACAGUUAUGAUCUCGUCAUAUAACCCAUCGUUAAAUAAAAUACAACAUUAUUCAGCUAAUGCUUGUCUUUUCCCGUUAUGUUCUGUUCAUGGUUUAGCUGUAACUACGGUAGAAGGAAUAGGCAGUACUCGUACAAAACUACAUCCAGUUCAGGAGAGAAUAGCCAAAGCCCAUGGAUCACAGUGUGGAUUUUGUACACCAGGAUUUGUAAUGUCAAUGUAUACAUUACUCAGAAAUAAUCCACAACCAAACCUGGAGGAACUCGACACAGCAUUUGAUGGUAAUUUAUGUCGAUGUACCGGAUACAGACCAAUCAUAGAUGGUUUCCGUACAUUCACUAAGGAAUACUGUGCUAUGGGAGAACAGUGCUGUAAAAAUAAAAAGAAAGGUGAACGCUUAGUGGAAACAGGUAACAUAGUCGAUGCAUCUUCUACACUAUUUAGUAAAGAUUACCAACCAUAUGAUCCAACACAAGAAUUAAUAUUCCCUCCAGAACUGAAGAUUAGAUUUAAAGAUUAUCAUGAACAAUGUGUCAGUUUUAAGAAUGGCCAAAUAGAAUGGCACCGACCAGUUACAUUACCGGAACUUUUAGAAUUGAAAGAAUCUUAUCCUGAUGCUAAAAUUAUUAUUGGUAACAGUGAAAUAGGUAUUGAAACUAAAUUCAAAAAGAUGUUCUAUAAAGUUUUGAUCUCAGCAACCAAUAUAUCAGUACUAAAUACUAUUAAUGUAGUGGAUGAUGGCAUUAAUAUUGGCGCUUCUGUUACUCUUGCUAGAUUUGAAGAAACACUACAAUCUGUCUUGAACAAUUACUCUGAGGAGAAGACCCGGUCUGCUAAAGCUAUAUUAGAAAUGUUAAGAUGGUUUGCAGGGCACCAGAUCAGGAAUGUAGCUGCUGUAGGUGGAAACAUAAUGACAGCUAGUCCAAUAUCAGAUUUAAAUCCACUGUUUAUGGCAAUGGGAGCAGUAUUAACUGUCAAGUCUAAAGGUGCUAGUGAAAGAAAGAUAAAAAUGGAUGAUAAAUUUUUUACUGGUUAUAGAAAAACUGUCAUCGAACCAAAUGAAAUACUGGUGUCUAUAUUUCUACCAUUUACGUCAGCGAAUGAGUAUAUGUAUAGUUUUAAACAAGCUGGUCGUAAGGAAGAUGAUAUAUCCAUUGUUAAUGCUGGAAUGAAAAUUCGUUUUAAAGAUCAAGCAAACACAAUUGAAGAUAUGUCGUUGGCAUUUGGUGGAAUGGCACCUACCACUGUCAUGGCGACCAAAACAAUGGCGGGCCUACGAAAUAAAGAAUGGAAUGAGAUAGAAUACAGACUUUGUUUACUAUGUUAUAUUAUUGAUUAUAGAGAAUGGAAUGAUAAUAUAAUACAGACAGCUUGUCAACUAUUAGAGAAAGAUUUACCACUACCUCCUGGAUCACCUGGUGGUAUGGUUGAAUAUAGAAAAACAUUAACAACAAGUUUCUUCUUUAAAUUCUAUCAUUUUGUUCAGUCAGCACGUUCAAAGGUAUCAUUAUUAUGA